AUGGACCGGUCGAAGCCCGUGAAGUACGGCCUCGAGAUUCGCCGCAAGCCGCAGAGCCAUCAUCACCCUGCGACAUCGGCGAAGGCGUUACCACCUGUGCGAGAUGCUAAGUUGCAGUCGCUGUUCGGCGACGAUGACGGCGACGGCGACGGCGUGGAGGCGGACAUCGCGAGGCAGAACCUCAAGAAGCGAAGCCAGCGUGAGACGGAGCAGCAGCACGAGGCAGCCAUGGCGGAGGACCCAUCAGUGUUUGACUACGACGGGGUGUAUGACACCAUCCACGCCGCCAGGACGUCGCGAGCCAAGGAGGCCGUGCAGAGACAGGCACGCUACAUCCCAAACCUGUUAAAGACGACCAAGGAGAGGGAGAAGGAGAAGGAGCUGGUGCAGGAGCGGCUGCUGGCGAAGGAGCGAGCCAAGGAGGAGGAGGAGUUCGCAGGCAAGGAGCGGUUUGUCACGCGCGCUUACCGCGAGAAGCUGGCGGAGAGGCAGCGAUGGCUGGCGGAGGAGAAGAGGAAGGAGGCUGAAGAGGCGGCUAACGAUAGCACAAUUUUGAUUUCUGCUUCAACCCCCCUUCCCCCCUGCUGCCCCCCUCCUCACUUUCCCUCCUCCUCCCCCGCCCCUUUCCCUUCCGCCCCAACCUCCCUUUUCGCAACGUCUACUCCUCAUCUCUGCUUUGCCCCCCUUUCCACCCUGCCAUUCCCCCCUACCCCCCUUGUUCCCCAUUACCCCAUUUCCCCCAUUCCUUUCUUCCCCUUCCCCGCUUUUUCCCCUUUCCCCCUCUUCCCCCCUUUCUCCUCCUUCCGUUCCUUCCCCCUCCUGCCCCCACGUCUCCUCCAGGUGACCAAGCGGUCGGACCUGACAGACCUGUACCGCAACCUGUACCGUGCACAGGAUGCUCAAGCCAAGUCCCCCGGUUGGGGGGAUGCUCAAGCAGAGACUGGGGUGAAGCUCACAGGGAGGGUGGCGGAGAGGGAGGAGGAGAGGGCAAAGGGGGGGGAGGGCAAGGAGAAGCAGAGAGCAGGGAGCAAGGAGCGUGAGCUGCCAGUGGGAGAGCCAAGGGCGCGGAGCAGGGAGGGGGAGGCAGCUGCUGUGUUCCCAGAGGGACGGGAGAGCUGCGGGGAGCUGCGGGGAGCUGCGCCAGCGGUGGGUGCGAGGGGAGGUGGUGGGAGGGUGGGUGGGGAUGGGAAGGAGGAUGUGAGUGGGGGGAGAGAUGGGGAAGAGAGUGGAGAGGAUGGAAGUGGGGGUGUGGGAAGGAGUGGUGUUGCUGGUGCGCCUGCCGCUGCUGGUCCCAGUGUGAGCAGGGAGGUUGACUUGCCAUCGAGAAGCGGCCAGGAAGGCGCAGGUGAGGAUGAGACGAGACGGGCUAGUGGAGCAGGGCGUGAGGGUGGGGGGGAUGGUGCUGCUGGGGUUUCUGGUGAACAUCCUGUGCCAGGUGUCAGCAAGCCAUUGGAGGGUGGUGAUAAGAAGGUGUCGGCGGAAGACAAGGCUGGCGCAAGCCGCCAUUCCUCCCGGGGCCGGGGGAGCAUCCGCGGAACGCAGAGUGCGGCCGCAGCAAGGCAAACGGGCGAGAGCGGACCACAGGGCGGGGCUUCGGGGGAAGUUGUACGCGCGGAUGGCGCGAGAGGGGCGGAUGGAGCGGAGAUAUUAAAUCCUGAUCGUCCAUCUGUGAGAGCAGCUCAGACGUAUGCCUCCUCGCACGACUCGCAAGCUGUGUGUGGUUCGAAAGGAGAGACGUUUGAGGUGGGGGAGAAGGAAGAGAAGGAGGAGGGGAGGAAGGAGGAGCAGAAGAAGGAGACGAAGGAGAAAGCGAGCGAGAGUGGUGAUGCUCGCUGCUGCAAUGGCGCGGAUGGCGCAGCCGAGAGUCUGUCGAGGCGACCCAAGAGUGGUGGUGCUGGGAGCUGUAGUAAGGGCAGUGGCGAAGAAAACGAGAGUGCGAUAGGCGCUUUAACGAACGUGAUCCGUAACCGAUGCGCCUUAAAACGGGUGGAUGGCAACGUGCCGUCUCAGAAAGAGGCAGCAGAACGACACGUGGUAGCAGGGGAUUCGUUGGGGCUGGCAGCAGCUGGUUUCGGGCAGGAGGAGAAGCAGGUAUUGGGGAAUGCGGUGGAAAUGGAUGUGGCGGGGCGAGGUGCGAUACAAGGGGGUGAGAAUUGCAGCCUUCGCAACUGCAACGAGCAGGUGAAGGUGCCAGUAUCGAGGACAAAAGAGGGCUGCGAGGAGGUAUCUGGAAGGGUAAGGAGCGAAAGGUGGCAGCAGGAGUGGAAGAUGAGCAACGUGCUCGGAGAGAAAAGAGUAGCGACCGGGGCAGUGCAAGGCGCAAGGGGGACCGAACCACGCGAGGGAAUAGCAGGCAAAGGAUCCGUGGGGGAAGGCGUGGCGGAGGGGGAAGGCGUGGCGGAGGGGGAAGGCGUGGCGGAGGGGGGAGGCGUGGCGGAGGGGGAAGGCGCGGCGGAGGGGGAAGGCGCAGGGGAAAAGUCAGUGGAAGAGGAGUGGGGGGCUGAGGAAGCAGAGGGGGACGAAGCAGGGGAGGAGAGAACAUCGGGCGAAGAGGGUGUGCUUGUCGUGGUUGGGUGUGAUAUGCACGCCCUUAACUUGGAGGAUGAGCAGCAGCGGGAGGACCAGCAGAAGGAGGAGAAGCAGAAGGAGGAGGAGCAGCAGAAGUCGGGGUGCAUGAGGGAGAGAGGAAGAAGAGUGGAGGAUGCUGAACAGCACGGGUGCCACACAGGGGAAGCGGCAAACAAAGACAAGGAGGUGGCGAUGGAGAGGGAGGAACGGGGGGAGGUGGCGGAGGAGGAGGGGGGUGUGGAGGAGUGGGAGCGGGGAGGAGGGAUGAUCCUGGGAGUGGUGAGGCAGAGCCCGGGCCCUGUCUUGCGGUCGAUGAUCCAACGGUCCAGAUGCUCCAAUGCCACUCCAACUAGGGGCAUUGCAUCCCGCAGCAUCAGCAGGGGAAGCACCUGGGGAAGGAGUGGUGAAAGAGAGCAAAAUACUCAAGGAGGCACAGGUGGUGCAGAAAAAAUCAGCGAAGGGGGCGGCAAGAGGGGUGCUUCGAAUGACGGAGUAGGGAGCACGAUUGAGUCGAUACUGCAAGGAGUGAGCGAUGGCAGAGGGGUGAACAGUGCAGGCAGCAUCAGGGCGUUGCUGCGACGGUAUGUCGCCAAGGAGAACGAACAUGCUGCUGGGCUUGAGUCAUCACGCGGUGGGGGAAGGUCAGCAGCAGCAGAAGGGGAGGUAGGAGUAGUGGCGGCAUGUGCGGAAAGGAGUGGUUUUCAGGGAGGAGCAGCAGCGGCAUGUGCUGCAGUAUGGGUAGGGAGGUCAUGUAGGGUGGCACCUCAGCAGCAGAGAGAGCAGAACGAUGAAGCUGAUGUAGUGGAGGCACAGGAGGGAGCGAGAGCAGAGGGCGAAGGGAGAACAGAGGAUGAAAGGAGAGCAGAGGAUGAGGCACGAGGGGAGUGGCAGGAGCAGAAGCAGAAGUACAUGCCGCAAUGUUGCCUUGAGACGCCACAGAAGCCAAUUAGUAAUACCCAGGCGUCUCAGCAACGGAAGCAGAAACACCUGCCAUCACCACAGCUGCUUGUUGGGUGCGCUGUGAAGCAAGGCAGCAGAACGUGGCCGCAGAUAGUGGGUAAGGCGGAAGAGAAAGCAGCAGAGGAAGCAGCGGAAGCAGAGGAAACAGAGGAAGCGGCCGAGAGGAUAGUUGGAAAGGGUGGGUCUUCGAUCAGUGAAAUCCGAGGCUCUGCUACUGGUGUGCUGCAGGGGCUGCUCUUCCGACCCAGGCGAAGGAGGGAAGGGUUGUCGUUUUCUUAG